AACUCCCACCCCUGCCUUCGUGGGAGCCUCCAGGCUAUAUUGCAUUGCUUCCUUGCUUAGUCCCUUUCUUUUAGCCUCUGCCUCUGGGCAUCAGUGUCACUGGCUCCCAAAUGAUGAAAAUGAAGCUAGGACUUCAGGUUAGGGUGAAGGGCAAGCCCCCCUUUCUUUGGGGCCUUUGGGAGCCACCCAAGAUGAGCCUGGUCAUAGUUGUUCUUCUGACACCUCCUUAGGACGCCAGGAAUGCCUCAGCCUAAUCACUGUUCCUCCCUAGAAUUUUUCUGGUGGCCAAGAUAGUAGAACUGCUGGAUAAUGUGCAAGACCUUUGACCCCAUGUAUUUAUGUCUGCUCUCUGUUGGUAUACAUGGCCCUGUCCUGGAUGGUGAUGCCUGCCAUGGCAGCAGCACCAACACUCACCCACUCCCUUUCCCCUUAGAAGCUUCCUGAAACCAAAGCAUGUGUCCACCUUCAUUAGCAGACAAGCAUUUUGGAGUCAGAUAGACCUGAAUUUGAAUCUCAGCUAUGCCACAUUCUGACUAAAUGAUCUUGGGCCAGUAACAUUGUCUCCUGAGCUACAGCCUCCUUGCCUGAGAAUGGAAAUGAUGGUAUCUGUAUCAUUCUCAUGGAGGUACUGGUCUUUGCCCCGGCCUGCGGGUCGCCGCCGGACUCUGGGGGACUUGUACGGCAUCAGCUGGCGCCAAGAGGAGAAGUACACAGUCAUCUAUCCUUACACGGCUCGUGACCAGGAUGAGAUGAACCUGGAGAGAGGGGCCAUGGUGGAGGUCAUCCAGAAAAACCUGGAAGGCUGGUGGAAGAUCAGGUACCAGGGUAAAGAAGGCUGGGCCCCUGCCUCCUACCUAAAGAAAAGCAGUGGGGAGCCCUUACCCCCGAAGCUGGGCCCUGGCUUAUCUGCCCACUCAGGCGCCCUUGACCUGGAUGGUGUUGCCCGGCAGCAGAAUGCAGUGGGCAGGGAGAAGGAGCUGCUCAACAACCAGAGGGACAGCCGGUUUGAAGGCCGCCCAUUGCACGAGGGCGACAUUAAGCAGAGAUCACCCAAGAUGAGGCAGAGACCCCCUCCUCGUCGGGAUUUGACCAUUCCUCGAGGUCUCAACCUGCCGAAGCCUCCCGUCCCGCCACAAGUGGAAGAAGAAUAUUAUACCAUCGCCGAGUUCCAGACCACCAUCCCAGAUGGCAUCAGCUUCCAGGCCGGUCUGAAGGUUGAGGUGAUUGAAAAGAAUUUGAGUGGCUGGUGGUACAUUCAGAUUGACGAUAAGGAAGGAUGGGCUCCGGCAACCUUCAUUGACAAGUAUAAGAAGACCAGCAAUGCCUCAAGACCCAAUUUUCUGGCCCCCCUGCCCCACGAGGUGACCCAGCUCCGACUCAGAGAUGCAGCAGCAAUGGAGAACAAUAUAGGCAGUGAAACUGUGGGUCCCUCUCGGCCCCUGCCCAAUGCACCUCAUGGUGCCAUGGACUCAGGGAUGCCAUGGUCCAAAGACUGGAAAGGUGGGAAGGAGGCCCUAAGAAAGGCAGACAUGUCUGCAUCAGCAGGUUAUGAGGAGAUCUUGGACCCUGACUUAGAGGAGAAGCCCAGCCUCCCCCCGAGGAAAGAAUCUAUCAUCAAGUCAGAAGGAGAGCUCCUGGAGAGGGAGCGGCAGAGGAUGGAGCAGCUCCGGAGCUCUUCAGCCAAGUCUCCUGGCAUGAUUUUGCCAAUGAUUCCAACCAAGCAUGCCCCCUCAGCCCGGGACAACAGGAGGCCCGAACCCAAACCUGACAAAAGCAAAUUGUUCCAACUCAAAAAUGACAUGGGGCUAGAGUGUGGCCACAAAGUAUUGGCAAAGGAAGUGAAGAAGCCCAAUCUCCGACCCAUCUCCAAAUCCAAAACUGAGCCACUAGAGGAUAAGCCAGAAGCCAUUCCCCAGAAUCCAUUCUUGAAGUCUAAACCUCAAGUUAGGCCAAAACCAGCUCCAUCUCCCCGGACAGAGCCACCUCAGGGCGAAGACCAAGUGGACAUCUGCAACCUCAGGAGUAAGCUCAGGCCUGCCAAGUCCCAAGAGAAAUCCUUUUUGGAUGGAGAGGGCCACCAGGCUGUUGGAGGCCAAGACAUGGCCUUCAGCCGAAGUUUCCUCCCAGGGGAGGGACCUGGCCGUGCCCAGGACAGGUCUGGCAGACAGGAUGGGCUCAACCCAAGGGAAACAUCCUGUAGACCUCCUCCAAAGCCAGCCAAGACCACGGAGGCUGGGCCUAAAAGUGUUCCCAUCCCUCUCCAAGACCCUACCCCGCAGAGACCUGUGGUCCCACCCCGAAGACCACCACCCCCUAAGAAAACCUCAUCAUCAUCCAGGCCCCUUCCAGAGAUCAGAGGGCCACCACCUGAAGCCAAUGAAAGCAGGGUAGUUCCUGCCCCUGGCCGUGCCCUCCUGGUCCCUCCCAAAGCCAAACCUUUUCUCUCCAACUCUUCUGGGAGCCAAGAUGACAUACGAGGCAAAGGUGGGCUGGGGUCACGGGUAGCUGGCAAGAUGGGAGAAAACAGGGAGAAAGCAGCCGCGGCCUCCUUCCCCAGUGCUGAUGGCCCAAAGGACUCUUUGUAUGUGGCUGUAGCCAAUUUUGAAGGAGAUGAAGAUACCAGCAGCUUCCAGGAAGGGACGGUAUUUGAAGUCCGGGAAAAGAAUAGCAGUGGCUGGUGGUUCUGCCAUGUCCUUAGUGGGGCCCCUUCCUGGGAAGGCUGGAUUCCUUCCAACUAUCUCAGAAAGAAGCCAUAGCCUCCUGCCUUCUUGCCAGGAGGUCCUGCUGAUUCCUGCUAGCUUUUCCCAUGUAUUUAAUAUGCAUCCUAAUUUAUCAGUUUCCAUGCAGUUUCAAACAGGGAAGCUACUGGAGUGCUAUUUUCUUCCCUCCUUGAGUGGCUGAGAUGUCAGGAGCCCUGGGGUCUGAGCCUCCCAUUACAGAAUUUCUGGAGCUCUGAAACCACAGCCCUUGCCAGAUAAUAAUCCACAUCAGCAUUCCUUUAAGAAAACUCCUUUUCCUGGCCAGUGGCAUUGCCACCCAGCAGCAGGACAGUGACUUUUCCAGGCCUCCAGCCCUAGGCCUAUCUCCUGGAAAGACUCCAGACAGGGUCUCAUUGCUUGGACAAGGCAUGGUAAGGGUCAGCUCCCAUGACAACUUGCCCUUACUCCUUCAUAUAUCUAAAAGCCAGUGGCUUUAUUCACUGUUUCAAAUUACCUGGUUUGGGAAGAACAAUGUCCUAUAGAAGUCCACUCUGUUGCCAGUCCCCAGGAAAGAGCCCUCCUCUCCAAGACCUUGGGUCCUCCAGCUUCUGAGGCUCAACUGAAUGCAGCUACCCAGGAGUGGGCUAGAAGUCUACUUGGCCAUCCUGCCUACCAUCUUCUACUUUGGGACUAUGACUGCUCCUGAAAGGGUGGUUUCAGUCCCAAGCAUACUACAUUUCCCUUGUGCAAGCUUCUGUCCCUCCAGGAGUUCUAAAUGAGAAUUCCUACUAUUGUUUGGGCCAUUUCAUUCUUGUCUACCUAGAACGAAAGACUCCAAGUCUGUUUGGAUCAGGCGCCCUUCAAAAGGCACACCCCGCACGAAUGCCCCUUGGCUGAGGAGUUAGUAGAUGCCAAACAGUGUACUUGGCAGUUUGCAUUUGUAUUUUAACCCUCACAACCGCCCUCCCUUUUGAUACUGUACCCAUUUUAUCGAUGAGACUUGGGCUUCGUGGACCUAAGGACAUACUAGCUGGGAAGAGGAGGAAAGAGGAUUUUGAAUACCUGUGCUUUACCCCCUGUAAGAGGCAAAGUCUCAGGGAAGAGUUGGAAGCUGUCUGGGUACCAGGAGCAGAUGGCCAUGAAGCUUCUCUGGGUAAAGGAGUCACUUGUGGCUGCUCCUACACCACCUUCCCUCUCAACCCCUGUGAGGUCUGCCUUGCACCCUCAACAACUGAUUCUCCAGGGCAGGGGAAGCCCUGGGAUCAUGUUAGUUAGCUCAGAACCCUGUUUCCUGACCCCAUGCUGGUGUCCCCAAGGAGAUUGUGCAAGGCUCUCUGUCAGCUCAAGGACCAGCAACUGGGUCUGUGCCAAACUAAACAAUAAGCAGUAUCCCGGGAAGGAGACAAGGGAGCCCAGCAGACUCGUCCCGAGUGACCCUGCUGUGGCUUCCUGCUCCUUUCUGGCAUGUCUAGAGUAGUUGUCGCUAUGUGUGCACUCUCCCUGGGAGCACCUAGAGCAGCAUUUCCACCCUUUUGGCAAAUCUGGUUAAGUUAGAUCUACAGAGCUAAUAUCAAGGCCCCCUAGCUCACAGCCCAGAGCUCAUGCCUACAAACCAGCUAUCAGGAGGUGAGAUUAGAAGCCCUUCAUCCCACUGACCCUGCAGAAGAGGAGGGAAUCUCAUCCUACUCUGCCCUGCUUGCCUCAGGGAUCUCCCAUUCACAACAUUCAUCUGCUAGGAUGCUUUUGGCACCACAAAGCCAGCUUACCUGGUGUUGCUUGCAUCUACAUGCAGUGCCAAAGAUUUUAUGCAAAGAGCCCUUGUGCAUCCCCUGCCCCAGUCCCUACCAUAUGCCACACAGGCUCUGGCUUUGCCCACAGUAGGAGGUUCCUUUGCUCAGCCUGUAUAGACUGCGCCCCAGGGAAUUUGGGACAAACCUGAGGUGCUUCUUGAAAGAUCUCUUGUCCCUUGACUGGUGCCCAGGACCUUGAGGAAAAGUGGCACUUGGGGAGAGGGAGCCUGGGAUACCCACCUCUUCAAGGUCCCCCUACAUGGAAGGAGGUCCCAUAGCAUGGUUUUCCUCAAUUUUUGACCCACUUUGGCUUAGUCAGCCUUUGUGAAACUGUUUUGCAGGGUUUGAUUAACUUUCAAGGGACAAAACUACUUGGGUGUGUGUGUGUGUGUGUGUGUGUGUGUGUGUGUGUGUAGAGAGAGAGAGAGAGAGAUUUGGGCUUUCAAUGAUUUAAGUAUUGCAUUCACACCUACUAUAUGGUGGCACUGGGUAGCCCAGGGUGUGAUGACUCCAUCCUGGUGUCAUGAGCUGUGAGUCGUGUCUGCCAACACUGCUGAAGGUUUAUCUUUCACCUCACCUCCUUCCACCAGGUCAUCCAGGUGGGAAUGGACCUGCUCUAAUUUCCUGUGGGCAGACAUUUCCCUGCAAGUCGAAAAAGACUGGUUUUUCCACUACUAUUAUUACUAUGCUAAUGUGAACUAUAGAUACAGAAGCCUUGUUCACUGUUCUUGCCUCCAGUCAUAUUGAUGGCCUUAGGAUGAUCUGCCACAGUGGCGGAUACUCCCCCAGACAACUGGAAGUACUAAGUCUCUAUGGCCAGUGAGUCUCCUAGCUGUCCUUGGCUAGGGACUUAAGUUUACAGCAUCAGAACCAUGGCUACUAGUCUGGGAGCAAUUAAUGAAAUAUAAGCAAAACUCCUGGAGCCAGGGCCAUGGGAAAGUCCUGGGCCAUCAUAGCAAUGUCCAUAUCAAGCUCUGGGCAGGUCACUGGUGCUUAAACAUGCUCCCUCUUUGAUCUUCAUGACAGCCUUAUGGGGUGAGUAGUAUUGAACCUGACAUGUAGUAAGAAAUGAGAUUCACUGAGUGAAGUCACAGACCUGUCUUUGUCCAGAUAAUGGCCACACGGGGACUCAAAUCCAGGUGGUUUUCUCCCUUGUGUCCAUUAUUUUCUGCCACCAUCAGCAGUGAGAUGUGCAUAGGGUUUGUAGGGAAUGGAGUAAAUUGAGGUGUCACCCUCCAUACCUUGGUCAGACUUUUCAGUAGGUCACAGACCAAGUGCCAAGCCCAAGGAGUAGGCAGGGGUAGAGGUAGCUUUUUCUGUCCUCGCCCCUGCUCACUACCUUGUGAUGACUACUUUAUCUUACAUCUGCAGGCAAAUGUACAUCCAGCAUGUUGUAGAGCCACCAGAUAUUUAGAAUAUCUGAAUUCAAGGCUCAGAUUGUUUAGAAUCAUUAUUUCCCAUUUGGUAGAUUUAUGUCAUUGUUUUAAGGUGAGACUUGGGGAGAACUGAGCUCCUGCUUAAACCAUUUUUAUGUCCCUACCCUCCUAGAAAAUUCUAGAGCCCAUGCCUAGCUUUCAGUAGUCAUUUUAGGCUUCUGCUAAAAGGCUGCUGUAUAGAAUUGAUUUGCAGGGCAAAGUCUUUGGCCUUUAACAAUCUUCUGAGUCCAUUGGGAAUUUCAGUCAUAGCAUAUAUAAACCAGGUGGACAUGGCAAAGUACACAUGCCGCCUUACAAGGCAGGUGUCAUAUCUCCCCAGGACUUCAGAAGGUCCUUGGACUGAAUUUAUUGGCCUAGUAUUUAAUAUCAAGUACCCAGUAAUGAGGAAUAAAGCAGAAAUCGCUCCUUCCUUCAAUAAGCUGGCAACGUGACAUUAUUGAGAACAGGCUGGGAGUGUUGCUCAUUGGUAGUGUUUGCCUAGUUAAGGCCCCAAGUCAGAUCCCCAUCGCUGAAAAAAAAACACCUUAUGGCUUGAUUCUCCCUUCUUUCUUUGUG